AUGUCCUUUCAUUCAAAUAGCCAAGAUUAUUAUUCUAAUCCUUAAAUCUUAGCUUCUCCUAAAGGGCCGCAAAUAUCAUUAAAAAAUACAUUUGGAAUAAAUUAACCAGAUUCUUAGGUUUGUUCUCUUUAUUCUGAAGGAAAUGAAGCAAUAGAAAAAAACUUGAAGAAAAAUCAUUAAUAGUAAUCAAUAAUUUUAAACACUGAUACUUAACUAGAAGGUCAUAAAACUAAGACUCCAUUAAAUCCAUUACAAAAAUUACGUCAGUUGGCUACUAAGAAUACUCUUGUUAAGCAAUUUAAAUAGAGUUUAUUUAUGAAUUCAUACAUUUUAUCGAAGGAUUAUUAGUAAAAUAAUAUUAUCAACAAUUAGCGACAAAAUAAUGUAAUUUGAAUAAUUCCUAUCAAAUAAAAAUCUUGAUAAUUUUCAAGAUAAAUCUUAGUAAUCAAUCAUUCCUGUGUUUGAAGCUUUUAGCAUUUAGAUGAAAAUAUGGGAUUUCUUAAUGAUAUUACAAUAUCUUUUAUAAUUAUGGUUUCUGCCAUUCAGUAUAAGUUUUUAUAGAUUAAAUUACAACAUCAUUUUCUUAAAAGAGAUUUUGUCCAUAUUAACAUUACUUAAUAUUGCUAUUACAUUAAAUCGACAAAUUUUUCAUAAAGGAGAAUAUAUAGCAAGCAGAUAGAAAAUUUUUAGAUAAUAUAUAAAAUCUAAUUUAAUGGGAGAUUUAAUUUAAUUGAUAACUUGGAUGAGCCUCAUAUUUUUAAAUUAAAAGUUAGAAGAUUAAAUCUAUAUGGUUAUUUUAGGGAUCUUUUUAGUUUUUUCUUGUAUAAAUUCUCUUCUAAGAAAAACAGAAUAUUAUAUAGAUAGUUAUUAUAAUAAAGGGAAUCUUAGUAACUUUUUAGAUUUAUUUAUUCUCAUCAUUUAAAUUUAUUAUGUUGCUCAUUAUAUGGCAUGCAUUUGGCAUUUAGUUGGAGAUUUAGGUAGUUAUUUAGAAGAAUCUACUUGGUUAACAGAAUAUGGUUUUAUAAAUGAAUCUAUUAGUAUAAAAUAUAAUUAUUCAUUUUAUUGGGCAACUAUGACUAUGGUAACUGUUGGUUAUGGUGAUAUAACAGCUAGAAACAAAUAUGAAAUUUUAACAUCCAAUAUUAUGAUGAUAUUUUCAAGUUGCAUAUUUGCUUAUUCAAUGAAUUCAAUUGGUAUAAUAUUGAAAAGUAUUAAUGAUAGUAAAUUAAACUAUAGGUAUAUUUUUAUUAAUAAAAAUAGGAGAACUAUUACAAGUAUUAAUAGUUAUAUGUAAUAAAAUUAAGUAGAUUAAUCUAUAUCUGAAAAAGUUAGAAAUUAUAUCAAAUAUCUACACUAAAGAGAAUAAGAUACUUUUGAUGAUUCAGAGAAUUCUCUUAAAUAUUUACCAAAAGGAUUAAAAACUGAAAUGAAAAGAGAUAUUGCAUAAAAGCUAAUUUAAAAAAUUAAGAUUCUUUAAUAAAAUUUUUCUCAUUCUACUCUAAAUGCAUUAAUUCAUCAUUUAAAAAUUUAAAAUUAUGCACCAGGUGAAUAUGUUUAUCAUCAAAAUGAAUAAUAACAUUUUCUUUGUUAUAUUAAUUCUGGAUAAGUAUAAAUUAAUGAAGAAUAAUCAUAGACUUAAAUUCAAAUAUUAAAAUAAAAUAGUACUUUUAAUGAAUAUUCUUUCUUUACAGAAUAAUAAACAAAAACUAAUGCUUAAAGCAUAGGAUUUACAUAAAUUAUCAAAAUUAAUAGAAAAACCUUUUUAAAAAUAUUAAAAGAUUGUCAAAAAGAUUUAGAAUAAUUUUAUAAUAUUAAAGAUACAAUAUUAUUAUAUAAUGAUUAUUCACAAUUAUAAAAGAAAUGUUAUUAUUGUGGAUUAAUGAAACAUGAAAGUAUUAAUUGUCCUUUAUUAACAUAUUAACCAAAUAAGUUAAAAUGUAUAAAAAGAUAAUUUAAAUCAUCUUAAAAUUAAGAAAGAAAAAGUUUUAAGAGGCAUUAUCAUUAUGUUCCAUCCAGAAUUAAAUUUAUUGAAAUAAAAAAUACUAUAUCUUAUGCUCAAGAUUAUUAUUUUUCUGAUUAAAUUUUGAGUGAGAAAAAUAUAGAUAAAAAUCCAAGAAAAAAUGAACCGAUUUCUGAUUCUCCAAAUAAUGAAUUAUUAUCGCUGGAAAAAAAUGUAAAAGAAGAAGUUGAUCAUACUUCAAAAAAGAUUUCUAAAAUUCGAAUAGGAAGCAUAUCAGUUGAAGGAAAUAAUAUGACAGUUAAAAGAGCAAGCAAAUUGUAAAAUAUAUAAUAACCAAAUGCAGAGUAUAAAAGUUAUGCAAACAAUUAAUUAGAUUAAUUCCUUUAAGUUGAAACUGAUCUUAAAAUUGAUUCAUAUUAAAACUAUCAAAAAUAUAUGAGACAUAAUAAUCUAUUAUAAAUUCUUAAGAGCAUGUAAAGAUUUAAAAGAAAAACUAAAAUAAGUUAAAAGAAAAUAAAAAUCAUAGAAUCAAACAAAGGUAGUGAAAAAUCUUGA